UAAGUGAUCGGUAUUUUGGGGGAUUUUAAACCGCGAGGCUCGUAAAUCACGUGACCUCUCACAGCUCCGAUGUGAGGUGAGGAUCUUUACAGAGUGAGGAGACUCAGAGGAGAUGGAGUCAAAGGGAAUCAUUCAGGAGGAAAACGGUAGAAAAACAGAAUGUGAGGAGGAUCAGAGAGAAUCCACACCGGAGGAGAAGCGCUUCGACCCGGACGAUCCGACUCUGAUCAUCGUGGAUGAAGAAGAUCAACUUGACUUUGAGUUGGACAACUUUCCGUCUCCCAGAGCUCUGAUGUCUUGUGGUCACGCCGUCACCCCGACGUCUCUCACCAACUGGUGCCGCCGGCAGCUGGACCAGGGCCAGAGAUUCUUUGUUUGUGGGAUGCCUGACUGUGAUGUUCGGUGGUCCUUCAAGGAAGUCCAUCGAAUGGCUCUUCUGACCCCUGAAGAAGUCCGCUACUUUGAAAACAAAAUAUUUGAUAACGCCAAGGACUGCUUCGACAUCAAAUUAUGUCCUGGCUGCCAAUCCACAGUGUUGAGGAGUGAUUUCACCAACCUCUGCGUUGAGUGCACAUGGUGCACCAGAAACCACAGAAGGCCGUUCUUCCUCUGCUGGCAGUGCCUGAGAGAGUGGCGAGGCCCGUCGCCACGUACAGACGGCUGUGACAACAGAGGCUGCUCAGAUAAGUCCCUGGAGACUCUGAAGAACUGUCCAGACAUGACCUUCUUAGAAGUGGAGGGGGUCACCGGCUGCCCCUCCAUCCGGGCCUGUCCCUCCUGUGGCUUCCUGCUGGGACACGACCAAACCGGCUGCAAAUUCUUGUUGUGCCCUCAAUGCGGGGAGGAUUUCUGCUUCGUGUGUCUGAAGAACACCGACGACUGCUGUGAGACCAGUGACCCUUAUGACCCUUGCUCCGGCGGCGUGGCUCCAAGACAGACCUCCAUACCGAGCAGGGUUUUAUUCCUGCACAGAUCUGUUUAACUGUCUUGUGGUCGUGCACCACUAGUUUGAGCUACAUCGCUGUCGCACUACAGUUCAAGAAUAAAUUUGAAAUGUGUGUGUAUCCAUGUGUUC